AUGGGGAAGAAACAGAAGUCACAGUCCAAAAGUGCUGCUGGGAUAGCAGGGGAAAAUGUGACCAGCACAUUCCUCUCCAAUAGAUCAAAAGCUCCAACACUCCCAUUCUUAAACGGUGAGAAUAAUGUGACAGCCAUUGAUCCCAUGCUCGUUUCGCUGUUCGAGAAAAGCGCUGGACCUGUGACAGCUCCGCAGUUCACUAGCGCUAAUCUGCGUGCGGCAACUGUAGAAGACACCCGGAGAUGUGGGAAGAAGGGCGGAAAAGAGCCUGACUUCGAGCAGGAUGCUGCAGAUGCAACUUCAUCUGAUGAGGAGGACCAAACGGCAGGGAGAUUCUCGCUGGAGAGCGGUGAUGAGGGGAUGGAGGAUGUCAAUAAUGCGAAAUUAGUUCAAAGAAAUGGUCGGAAACGAAAACGUGCUGGCGCGGAUGAUUUAGAGGGCGCAUAUAUGCAACGCAUUGUGAAGGAGGAAGCCAAGGAAGAAGAGAAAAGACGGAUUGAAAAACCGAAACGGCGAAAAUUUGAGACCGCGGUUGAAAAUGAUAGCGAGCCGUCAGCCUCUGAAAGCGACGAGGAAAAGAAUUCUGAGUCGGAAUCAGAUGGCAUAAGCAGCCCUCCCCCUGUCCACGAAUCCCUCACGGACACCGUCGGCUCGGCCGUCCUUGACAAAACCGCCCGCACUGUCUUUCUCUCCAACGUCUCCACAGAGGCCAUCAAAUCCAAAACCGCAAAAAAGGCCCUCCUCAAACACCUCUCCUCCUUCUUCCCUUCCCUCCCCGACUCGACCACCCCUCACAAAAUCGAAUCAAUCCGCUUUCGCUCCACCGCCUUCUCCACCAACGCAAUGCCCAAACGCGCCGCAUAUGCCAAGCGUGAGCUCAUGGAUUCCACCACCCGCAGCACAAAUGCAUACGUAGUCUACACCACUACCGCAGCUGCUCGACGAGCACCUAAGGCCCUCAACGGCAGUUUCGUCCUGGACAGACAUCUGCGCGUAGACAGCGUCGCCCACCCGUCCCCCAUAGAUUACAAGCGGUGCAUCUUUGUCGGAAACCUCGGCUUCGUUGACGAGGAGACUCCCACGGACGAAAAGGUUGAGCAACAGACAAAGAAAAAGAAUACACAACCUGCAGACGUCGAGGAGGGCCUCUGGCGCACCUUUAACGAGCAUACACGCUCAGCUAUUGCGAAAUUAUCUAAAUCACCUGCUAAAUCUAAGGGUUCUGAUGCUUCUAAUACUAAUAAUCCGGCCAUCGGUACUGUGGAAUCCGUCCGCGUCAUCCGUGACCCGGCCACGCGGAUUGGGAAGGGCAUCGCGUACGUCCAAUUCCACGAUGAGAAUGCCGUGGAGGCUGCGUUGUUGUUGGACGGGCAGAAAUUCCCGCCAAUGCUCCCACGGAAGCUGCGCGUCACUCGUGCGAAGAGGGUUGUGAAGAAAGCGGGUGGUAGUGCGGGAAAUAUGAAUAACAAUGGCAGGAAUGCUAAGAAUAGUAAAGAUGCUAAUAAGACUGCUUUGGGGCCGCGGCGGGGUGGAGACAAGCAGGCUAGUUCCCAGGGGUGCGCGACGGGAUUGUUGGGGAAGGGCGAGGCGUGGAAGGUGCAGAAUUCACGCACGUCGGAUGAGAGGGAUGGGAAAAGUGAAGGGUGUGGAUCGAAUUCGUUUAUUUUUGAGGGAUAUCGAGCCACUGCGGAUAAGCCUGCGUUUAAGGUUAAGACGAAGAGUCGUGGGGUGAAGAGUCGCGGUGGGAAGUCGAAGACGAGGAGUACGAGGCGCGCGGCGGUGUUUAGGGCUGGAGGUGGGAAGAGGAAGGGGGAUGGACAGUGGAGGAAGAAGUGA